GAUUUGAAGAGCGCUUAGCCGUCAGGGAUGUUGCCCGGGGGUCACCACAAGGAGGGAGCUCUUCUCUACCCUCUCUGUUAGAACCGCUGACUUCACUACUGAGAAAGGACACUAACCUGGACUGGAUAAGAGAACAGCAAGCAAUAGAGCACUUGGAUGAGUUCGCUCACACCCUUGCCCUGAUCCUUAUUUCAGCAGCAGCAAGGGAACAACAGCUAAGCUUUCACUUCUCGGGAAACCAAGCGGUGCACUUUGUAACCAUGGCGGACACAGAAGAGAAGAACCCGAGAAGCGCAAGCGCGGGUCACGUGCUGCACACGGGCGGCUGUCACUGUGGAGCGGUCCGGUUUCAGGUGUUCGCUUCUCCUGAUCUGCUCGUCUUCGACUGCAACUGCAGCAUCUGCACUAUGAAACAGAACCGCCACUUCAUUGUGCCCAAGAAUCAGUUCACUCUUGUACAGGGCUUGGAGAAUCUCACUACGUAUACCUUCAACACUCACACAGCAAAGCAUACCUUCUGUAGAACUUGUGGGGUUCAGAGCUUCUAUACCCCACGCUCCAAUCCUGAUGGAUAUGGCGUGGCACCACAUUGCCUGGACCAGGGCACAGUGCGCAGCAUCACAGUGGAGGACUUCUGUGGACAACAGUGGGAGGAGAGCAUGCAGAAACACCACAGCAUCAGGAGCAUGUCCAAGCCAGCUUCCAAAUGACACCCUUUCUUCUUCUUCUUCAAGAAAAACACAGGACUUGUACUCAUGUUUUGGAAACACGAACAAGUAUUAUGCAAAAUUAUCCUUUGUAGAUUCCUUUUGGCACUUCUUCAAAAUGAAUUGAUUGGUGGAGAGGUGAACACUUUGGCUAAGAAAAGGCAAUAAUAUCACUUUGGAACCCCAGGGUUGUAGGUUUUAAACCCCAGCAGGACUAGUGCAGAAUUUCUAUGAUCUAUUUGUAUUUACAUGGAUUAUCCCCAAGUUCUGUACUGUUUCAUCCUGCACUGCAGAGUAUAUUUUUCAGAUGAAUUGGUGACUUUAACUUGUCUUUAGUGUUAGCAUGGCAUGUGAUGUACAGACUUUGGAUGUGGAGAGCCAAAUCAUCUAUAACAGAAAUAAUUAAUGUAAGUUAACCACAGAUAUUAGUCUUGUGACUCUAGCACAUAAAAUAAAGUCACCAGAUUAUUAUGUCUAAACUAAUUAAAGUGCAUUUGUAUGGUCCCUACUGAAACAACAUGAGAGCAAAUAAAAGGGGCUGUCACCAUUUUAAAAGUGCAUGGUUUUGCUCUUUGUUACCCUGGUCACCACCUUAAUGCUGGCAUGACUUUACAAGUUAUACUCUGAACCA